AUGAAGGACACGACGCCGGCUGACCCCGAGGGCUGCAAGCGAUGGGCCCCGGCAACCAACGCCGUGCUCGUUGCCUUCCUGCUGAUCGUGCCGCCCAUCUUCCUUCUACUUGGCGGCCGCAACGGCGAGAGGCCAUCGGUCUGGAUCAAGACGGCCGUGUCCGGCUUACGGCGAGUCCCUGUUCGCAGCAAGUCUUGGUCACAACCUUUUUUAGGGCUUUGUAAACUUAAAAGCUAUGUAUCUGUGCAAUUGCUGCAGAACAAGACAUGCCGUGGCCGAAGACGUCUUUCGAAAAUUCAUGUCACAACUUUGAUCAACAUCGUGUUCGGUAGAGUAAGCGAAUCCGCUUGUUUGAUUGAGUACCAUCCGCCCCGACUGAAAAACAAUACUUCUGCAGGUCCUGACGAAGUACCCUUAGUGAACCGGAGUGCAGCAGCACACGUUGACAAGCUUCUUGGCGGACUCUUGGUGGAAGGCUUGGAUCAAGAAUCCUGCCACAGCCGGUACCAGUCCGCCGUGUACCGUCGGAACGCCGGCAGGCAACCUUCGCAGCACCUGCUCACAAAACUGCGGAGCCACGAAGCCCUUCAAAGGCGGUGCGGCCCGGGCACUGCCGCCUACACCAACGCCCUGGAGCAGCUCAAGUCCGGCAAGAGCGUCGCGUCACCGGAGUGCAGGUACCUGGUCUCCAUCUCGUACCGCGGCCUCGGCAACCGGAUCAUCGCCGCGGCGUCGUCAUUCCUCUACGCGGCGCUCACCGGCCGCGUCUUCCUCGUCGACCCCAGCAACGGGAUGGCCGAGCUGUUCUGCGAGCCCUUCCCCAACACGUCGUGGCUGCUGCCUCCGGGCUUCCCGCUCGUGAGCUAUCAGGGCUUCUACCUCUCCACGCCGGAGCGGUACGGGAAAAUGCGGGAGAACGGUAUGCUCAGAACCGGCGAGGUAAACGGGUCCGCCGCCGCAGAGCUGCCGGCGUUCGCCUACAUCCACCUCGACCACAACCAGACGGACCACGACAAGCUCUUCUUCUGCGACGACGACCAGCGGCUCAUGUCCAGCAUCCAGUGGCUGGUGAUGAGGACGGACGGGUACAUCGCGCCGGGCCUUUUCCUCGUGAGGGCGUUUCAGGAGGAGCUGGACGGUCUCUUCCCGGAGCGCGACGCCGUGUUCCACCACCUCGGCCGGUACCUGUUCCAUCCGACCAACCGCGUCUGGGGCCUCAUCACGCGCUACCACGACGCGCACCUCGCGCGGGCACGGCGCGUGGUCGGCGUCCAGGUGCGCGUCUUCCCGUGGCAGGAUGGGUCGCCGGAGCUCCUGGAGCAGAUCAAGACGUGCACGCAGAAGAAGAAGCUGCUCCCGGCGGUGCUGGAGGAGGAAGACGACGGGCCGGCGGUUACGACGACGCCCGGCCGCGCCAAACCCACCGCUGUUCUGAUCACCUCCCUCAAGGCUUGGUACUACGACAAGAUCAAAGCGGUGUACUGGGAGCGCGCGACGGCGAACGGCGAGGUGGUGGUCGUGGACCAGCCGAGCCACGAGGAGAUCCAGCGAUACCAUGUGAAGUCGCACGAACGCAAGGCCUGGGCGGAGGUGUACCUGCUGAGCACGGCGGAUACGUUGGUGACCACCGCCGAGUCGACGUUCGGGUACGUGGCGCAGGGGCUCGGCGGAAUGAGGCCGUGGGUGCUGAGGAUGGGGAUGAUCAACACCACGGUGAGCUGGCCGUGCAGCAGGGACAUGUCCAUGGAGCCGUGCUACCAUGUCGCGCCGGUGUACGACUGCAAGCGACGCCGAGAUGCCGGCAAGAUCGUGCCGCAUGUGCGCCACUGCGAGGAUUGGCCAACGGGGUUGAAGCUAGUUGAUCCAAAGGAUUAGUGAAAAAGGAGUACAAUAAGACCAUUACCGAAUUAUCAACAAUUGCUGGAGCAUCUAAUUCGAAGUGUAUAGCGUUAUUUCCAGUUAAGUUUUUUUUUACCUGUUAGUGCUAAGUUAUAUUUUUCUAACUUGGAUAGAGCUUUAUUAGUUAGCACUGAUCCAAAGGUUCAGAUAACACUAGUGAAAUACUCCAUACGUCCGAAAAUAAU